AUGUCGUUCGACAUUGACUGGACCAAGCUCGAGUCCGAUUCUCGCCUUAACAAAUCCAUCAAGAGCCACCUAAACUCCUACCUUCAAUCGAUCAAUCUACCGAGCUAUGUGAGCAACCUAAGGCUCAUUGACUUUUCCAUUGGUAAGAUUGCCCCUAAUAUAACCCUUCGAGAGAUCUCCGAUCCAUUAGAUGAUUUCUACCAAGCACUGAAUGAGGAGCAAGAAAGUGGGAAGACACUAGAACCAAGCCCGAACGAUAUACAAUUUCUCACAGAGAUCGAAUACAAGGGUGAUUUACUGAUUACCUUGGCCGCUGACUUGGUUUUACAUUACCCAACGGAAGGGUUCAUGACAUUACCUGUAAAGCUAACGAUCAGCAAUAUUGGCAUACAUUCGUUGUGCCUGAUAGCAUACCUCGCCAAAGAGCUAUUCAUAAGUUUUGUGUGUGACGUAAGUGAUACCAAACUAGACAAUGAUGAAUCAGUACUGGAUCCAGCAGGUCCUGUGCUAGCACCAAGACGAUCUUUAGAGAGAAUUUUUAUAAUACGAAGUAUGAAAAUUGAGACUGAGAUCGGAGAGCAGUACCUUGGAGAAGGUUCCGUACUACGUAGUGUGGGAAAGCUAGAACAGUACCUGCUUGAGAAUUUAAAGGAUGUGCUACGCAAAGAAUUGAGUUGGCCAAGCUGGAUUAACCUUGAUUUUGGGAACGACAACGAAGAUGACGACGACAACAAUGCAACUGACCAAGAUGAUGGCAAUGCUGAGAAACCAGAUCAAGGCGAAUAG